AUGGGCUCGCUCUCCUCUCCAAAGUUCCAGGUGAACAAGAUCGCCAUUAUUGGCGCCGGUCCCGGCGGCCUCGCGGCGGCCAAGUAUCUGCGGGCGCAAGGCACAUUUCCCCUCAUCACCAUAUUUGAGCAGCAGGAUGAGGUCGGCGGCGUCUGGAACUACAGCAAGGUAUCCGGCGGGCCGUAUCCUGCGCCGCAGAGAGACCCGUUCUUCCCGCCAGAUGAGCCGCUUCGGACGCCGUCCCAUGCCGCGCCCAUCUUUCCUUCUCCCAUGUACGACAAGCUCCACUCCAACCUUCCUGGGACCUUGAUGAAUUUCUCCGAUCAAAGCUUCCGCCAAGACUCUUGGGUAUUCCCUAGCCGCGAGGACGUCCAGGAGUACCUGAUCAAGUACGCCGAGGAUGUCCGGCACCUGAUACAUUUCUGUGUUCAGGUGACCAAGGUGUCGCACAAGCUUGUCGAUGAGCGCGAUCAGUGGAUGAUAGAGGCUCGUUCGACGAUGAGCGGACAGGCCAUAGACCAUGUUUUCGAUGCCGUGGUCGUGGCGAAUGGCCACUACUCCGUCCCCUUCAUCCCGGGAAUGGCCAAUAUGCCCCAAUUUCAAGAGACAUACCCGUCCAUCAUCACACACUCCAAGCAGUAUCGGGCCGCGAGCGAGUUCAAGGACAAAAAAGUCAUCAUUAUUGGCAAUGGGCCCUCCGGUAUCGACAUUGCCCUGCAGAUCAAUCGGGUCUCCAAAGGCAAGGCUCUCCUAUCUGUCCGAACGCCCACACCACCGGCAAAGCUGGAACACACCGGUUGCGAAGAGGUGCAAGAGAUUAUCGAGUUUCUCGUGGAUCAGCGAGGGGUUUGCUUCAAGGGUGGACGGGUGGAAACGGAUAUCGACGCCAUUGUCUUUUGCACUGGAUUCCUCUGCAGCUAUCCCUUCUUGACGGACCUACAGCACAAGCUCAUCACCAACGGACAGGGGGUCCAUGGACUCUACAAGCACGUUUUCCACAUUCACCACCCCACUCUUGUCUUCCCCGCCCUCAACAUGAAGUCGGUGCCGUGGCCGCUGGCCGAGGCGCAGGCGGCCGUGUUCUCGGCCGUGUGGUCCAACAGCCUGCCGCUGCCUUCCGUUGAGGUGAUGGAGGAUUGGAGCCGGAAGCUGGAGGAGCGGGAGGGUGAAGCCUUGCACGUAUUUCCGCGUCUUGGCGACGGGCUCUAUGUAAACGAGUUGCACGACUGGGUCAAGCAGGCCGGGCGGGCGGGCAAAGAGCCGCCGCGGUGGGAUGACCGGAUGUUCUGGCAAAGGAGUAUAUUCCUCGAGGCCAAGCUGCGGUUCGAGAAGCAAGGCUGCAAAGCGACAACGCUGGAGGAGCUCGGCCUGUGUUAUGACCCUGAUUGGAACAAGCAGGCCGUUGAAGACUCGCAGGGGCCUUGA